CUUCAGAGGCGUUGCCAACACUGUUGUGGCAGAAAUCAACCUGCACGACACACAUUCGGAAAUUUGGAUACAAAAUAAAAUUAAAAAACUGAAUAAACUGUUGACACCGGACUGGAUCGGCGGAACCGGACAUAGUGUGGUUGGGAGGACCAGCUGACUCCAAGCAGGCAGCAUGAGCUCCAAAGGUGGUGGCACCGCUCUGAGCCGUCGCAACUACCGACUGUAUUCUGACACAGACAAGCCUAAAUCUACUGGGAUCGUGAAUGAGAAGCUGCUGAGUGACUAUUUGCAUCAUGUGUUCCCUUCUAGCAAACAGGGACCUGCACUGGCCUCCCUCAGGAAGUCUUUGGCUUUCCAGGAUCUUGGUGCUCACUUAGAAACGUUGUUGUCUGAGGGAGAAAGCACUGAGGACAGUCGAGACCAGCCCGUUGAAGGUCGUCUGGGCCCUCAGCCGGUGGUUCUGGACCAUACUAGCGGCUUCGAGGGGCUUCUGUUUGUAGACGACGACCUGCUCGGGGUCAUCGGUCAUAGUAACUUCAGCUCCAUCCGAGCCACCACUUGUGUUUACAAAGGGAAAUGGGCCUACGAGGUGCUGAUCUCCUCGCAGGGUCUCAUGCAGAUCGGAUGGUGCACACUCAACUGUCGCUUCAACCAGGAGGAAGGCGUUGGUGACACCCCCGAUUCUUACGCCUACGACGGAAACCGGGUGCGCAAGUGGAACGUGACCACCACCAACUAUGGGAAGUCAUGGGCGGCCGGGGACAUCGUCAGCUGUCUGAUCGACCUGGACGAAGCUACCAUCACCUUCUGCCUGAACGGUCAGUCUCUGGGCACAGCGUUCAGCGACAUCAAGAUAGGUCCAGGCGUAGCAUAUUUUCCCGCAAUCAGCCUCUCCUUUAAGGAGUCGGUGGCGUUCAACUUCGGGAGCAGACCUCUCAGGUAUCCCGUGGAAGGCUAUCUGCCCCUGCAGGACCCCCCCACUGCAGACCUGACCAAAGCUCACAAACUGCUUGGCUACAUCAAAAACGUCCUUUCCACUGCCAUCGACAUACAGGAAGAGCGCUUGCUCGAGAAGGAUUGUUCUCUUUGGAGGCUUAACGGAGAACCAACAGUCCUCAUCACGCUUGCUCACAUCUUCAACCACUUUGCUCCUCUCAUGUGUAAAGUUUACCUGGUGGAGGACGUGCUCAUGAACUUCCUGUUGGGGAUUCUGGAGGGUGGAGGUUCCGUGGAUGAACACCCGCUCAUUCAGCAGCUGCUGGACCUCUUCUGGCUUCUCAUGGAGGACUAUGAAGUGAACGAGUGUCUGAAGCAGCUGAUGAUGUCACUGUUGAGGGCCUACCGCUUCUCCCCAAUCAUCCCUGACCUGGGCUUUCAGAUCCACUACCUGCGCCUGACCACGGCCAUCCUGCGUCAUGAGAAGUCCAGGAAGUAUCUGCUCAGUAAUGUCUUAUUCGAUGUGCUGCGCUCCGUUGUCUUUUUUUAUAUUAAGACGCCACUCAGAGUGAAGGAGGCGGGCCUAGAGGAGCUCAUCCCUACCACCUGGUGGCCAACGCACUUUGAUAAGGAGGGCAAAGAUGAGCGGGACCCCAAGGAUGAAAGUUCAGAUGAACGUUUGAGGCGGCGAGCUUAUGAGCGAGGUUGUCAGAGGCUGAAAAAGAGAAUUGAAGUGGUGGAGGAGCUGCAAGUGCAGAUUCUGAGACUGCUGCUUAAUAACAAGGACAAAACGACGGGCCAAGCCUCACGCUACAUUUUCCUGAAUAAGUUCCGCAAGUUUCUGCAAGAGAAUGCCAGCAACAGAGGGCAUCCUACAGCUCUGUGCCCUCCAGAGUACAUGGUGUGUUUCCUGCACCGGCUCAUCACAGCUGUGCGUGCAUGCUGGGAUGAAGGCAGUAGGAAGAGUCUAGGUAGCACCAACAGUGAGGCCGCCUACGUCCCUCCCCAGAUCUUCUACAAUGGGAAGGUGGACUACUUCGAUCUGCAGAGGCUCGGGGGGCUCCUUUCCCACCUCAAGAAAACACUUAAAGAUGAUUUGGCGAGUAAAGCAAACAUAAUCAUCGACCCUGCAGAGAUCCAGGCUACGUCCAUGGACGACCUGGACGAGGACGAAGAGAGCGGAGCGGCUCAGAGGCCGUUUGGUGCGGUGGCGAUGGGUGGAGCUCUGGCGAGACCCAGCUGGCUGAGCUCGCCCACCCUGGGUCGAGCCAAUCGCUUCCUCAGCACAGCCGCCGUCAGCCUCAUGACCCCUAGGCGACCCCUCAGCCAGCCCGAGAAGGUCAAAAUUCGCACCCUUGCUGUGGAGCAUAGGACCGAAGAGGACAUCGAGGGUAGCCAUGGUAACGACGGCUUGUUGCUCGGACGACCCCUGGAAGAGUCGGAUCAGCCAAUGGCAGAUAAGUCCCUGCUGGAGAUUAUUGAUGGCAUUGUGAUGAUGUACAACCUGAGCGUUCAUCAGCAGCUAGGGAAGAUGGUGGUGGUCGCUGAUGAUGUUCAUGAAUAUGCAGCAGCACUAAAAGAUACAGAGGAGAAGAUUGCUCGAUGCCCUGCCGGAAGAGCAGACAUCAUGGAGGAGCUGCACAAAAGUCAGAAGGUGUUUGCUGAGAAGUUGAACCACCUGAGCAGGAGACUGGCCUGGAUCAACGCCACCAUCUACUCCAAGGAGAAGAUGCUGGAUGUCUACUGGCUGCUGUGUGUGUGUAUACGCACCAUCGAACACGCAGACAACACAGGAUCAUUGUUCGCCUUCACACCGGAGUUGUACCUCAAUGUGGCCAUGAACGCUUACAGCGCUCUGAAGAAUUACUUCAGUCCAUCCUGCAGCAUGGACGAACUACCAGGCUACGAAGAGACUUUGACUCAACUGGCAGCCAUUCUCUCCAAACACUUUGCAGACCCACGCAUUGUUGGAACAGACAUCAAAGACUCUCUGAUGCAGGCGCUCGCCAGCUACGUCUGCUACCCACAAUCCCUCAGGGCGGUCGAGAGGAUUCCCGAGGAGCAACGUGUCGCCAUGAUGAGGAACCUUUUGGCACCGUACGAGCAGAGACCUUGGGCUCAGACCAACUGGAUCCUGGUCAGGCUCUGGAGGGGCUGUGGUUUUGGAUACAGGUACACUCGCCUGCCUCACCUGCUGAAGACCAAACCCGAAGACGCCAAUCUUCCCAGCCUCCAGAGGGACUUGUCCAUUGCUAGCUUCCAGAAGCCGUGUCCUUCGUUGCUGCUGCAGAGACAUAUGGCCCAGCUGCUGAGCGCGGACAAGGACAUGGCCGCCUCCUUCCUCAACAGCGUCCUCAACCAGCUCAACUGGGCUUUUUCCGAGUUCAUCGGCAUGAUCCAGGAGAUCCAGCAAGCAGCCGAGCGUCCAGAGAGGAACUUUGUGGACACGCGUCAGCUAAAAGUGUGUGCGACCUGUUUCGACCUGUCCGUCAGCCUGCUGAGGGUCCUGGAGAUGACGGUCACUCUGGUUCCAGAGAUCUUUCUGGACUGGUCGCGUCCGUCUGCCGAGCUUCUGUUGCGCCGCCUGGCUCAGCUGCUGAACCAGGUGUUAAAUAGAGUGACUGCAGAGAAAAACCUUUUUGACCGUGUUGUCAACUUGAGACUGCCAGGUUUGGAAAGCGUUGAUCACUACCCCAUCCUGGUGGCCGUCACAGGCAUCUUAGUUCGAGUCCUGGUGGAUGGCGACCGUCAAGGGACGUGCCGGGCGGCGUCCGUCUUGCUGUCAGACCCCUGUUUCCAGCUCCACUCCAUCCAGCACCUUCUAGGGGAUGGAGUAGACUCGUGCGGCUCAGCUGCACCGCCCACCGCUAGCGCCCGGGCGGUUGUGAGCUCCCUGGCGUCCUCUGUGGCUCAGCCCCUUCCCUCAGCACCUGGAGCCGUUGGUCCGUUAGAUCGUAAACACUUCUCUCUGCACGCAUACAGUGACUACAUCAGCAAGGAGGAGAAGCAAAAGGUUGAGCUCAUGUUGGCAUUCCUCACCAAAGAAUCCCAGCAGGCUGCGGCCAGCACAGCGCCCACCAGCGAGGACGACCUUUGCCCCAUCUGCUACGCUCACUCCAUCUCGGCCAUCUUCAAACCUUGCUCACACAAGUCCUGCAAAGCCUGUAUCAACCAACACCUGAUGAACAACAAGGACUGUUUCUUCUGCAAGGCCACCAUCACUGCAGUGGACGACUACUGCAAGCCCACCUCCUCCUAACAUACACACAAACACACAUGCAUAGUUUCGGUUUACACAAACAUUGUUUUUUGUUAGUUUUGUUUCUCACACCAGUGUUAUGAUGCUCUGAAUUCAAGAAAAAUUAUCGUCGCUCGUAAAACAGUAUAGCUUAUAACCUUUAAAUAAACGAACUGCACCGUCA